AUUCGUGCUGACUACAUCUUUAGUCAGUAUGUUAGAUGGAAGAGGGUACAGAUACCGUCGUCUCUAAACGGACAAAGAUGAAAGAACCCGACUAUAUGUGGAAAUUAGUAAUAAUAACCGCGGCCGACUCCAAUGAACGAUAAGCCUAUGGGACGUUAUUAUUAUUAUUAUUAUUAUUAUUGUUAUAUUGCAUGUUAAAUAAAAAACAUCGUAACCCAUGUCAUAUAGAACGGUCCGUAAACGGCCUGAAACGAUCCAAAAACGGUGAAAAACGACUGCCGUUACGACGAUCGUUUAUAGUGUGCCGUAAAACGAAGAAAUACAGCGAAAAACGAUAUCCGUUACGAUGGUUGUUCACGCAUCACCGGAAACAGCUGCCGUUACGACCAUCGUUUUUUUGCCGUUUCACACUUCUUUUCAUCGUGUCAACAUAACUACUGUAAAGUUAUCCUUAGACAUCUCCUGAUGAUUGAUGAUCGAAUAGACACUGCCUAUUAAAAAAAAUGAAUGCUAUUUCUUUCUAUUUCCAUUCCUUCUAUCGUCUCGUUCAAUACUAUUUAUUUGAAUAAAUAAAUAUAUGUUUUUAUUUACAUUUUUCUCAAUGAAACAUUCAACAGUAAGUAUUUUGUUUAAAUAAAAAUAUUUCUUUUUUUUAUUUUAGAUUAACUUCAACCGAAAUACAGUUUAUUUCAAUUGGAAUACUUAACACUAAUAUAGUAGCUAUACAAUUAUCAGUCAAAAGAGCACGUUCAACAAUAGCUACUGGAAGUGUAGAAACAGAUACAGAUGACGAAUUAGAAACUGGCACUACAGGAGCUGUUCUAACGACUACUGUUAAAAAUUAUGUACGCGAACCAGUUGAACGUAUUGAAAAAUACAUAUUAGAAUAUAUUCAUUUUUGUACUCAACAUGUUAAAAAGACGGCUCAAACUCGAAUACAAUUAGCUAAAGCUCAAAUGGCAGAAUUUAAAGCUUUAGAAGAUUUCGAACAAAUAGCUACUCCAGCCCAAUGGAAUAUACAUUUUAUAUUGAAACCUAAAGUCAAGAUUUGGUCAACAAAAAAUAAAAAUUAUCAAUUAUUAUCAAAACGAGUUCAAUUAGAUAUGCCUCCAAAAAUUAUUGACAAAGUUGAUUUUUCUUUUAAAAUUGAUGAAUCAAUUAUAAGUCAAUAUGAAGCACAAGCCAUGUAUAAUCAAAUGCGUCAAAUUACCAAAGAUUUUCGCACUCAAGCAAUGACAUUAUAUGUUCAAUCAGCUGCUCGAGAAAAUGAAAUCUUAUCGAAUGAAACUAAUGGUAUUAUUGAAAGAUUUCCUCAAGAAAAUGAUGAUGGAUUUAAUGCUGAACCUGGCUAUGCAGCUUUUAAACAAUAUCAUGAAUUACGAGAGAAAAGAAUGAAAUUAGAAAUUGAACAAUCACUUUAUUUUUUAUUCGAACAGCGAGUCGAGAGCGAAACCAACAAUCCAGAAGAGGAAAUAAUCGCUCCGACUCUCAUACCAAAUAUUCAAUUAACUGAAGAAGAACAUCAAUUAUUAAAAUGGGGACCUAAAUUUAUAUUUAAUGAUCCAAAAACAGCAGCUCGACGACGUUUAACUGAGUUGGCUACUUUAAAACGUAAAAUAGAAAAAUGUUUUCUUCGUAAGAAAGUUAGCCCCGGUCGGCCACUUCAACAAUUUAUCGUCGAACUAGAUGUUCUUCUUCAAAUGUUGCAUAAUAUUUCUACAACAAGUAAAAAUUUAAAUAGAAAUUUAGAUAAAAGUUUAGUAAUUGGGAAUAAAAUGAAUCAAAAUGAUAUUAUUGAAUUGAUAAAUAGUCAAGCAAGUCAAUCACAAGUUUUAAAUGGAGUAAAAGUUAAGAAAAAGAAAAAUUAUGGAAGAUUAGUUAAGAGAUUAAAGCAUAAAUUUAAAUUGGCUAAUGUUAUAUUACAGAAAUCAGAUAAAUCAAAAGUAUUCCAUUUAGGUAAAGUUGAAGAUUAUUGCAAAAAAUCUAAGGAAUAUAUGGAGCAAACUCAAGCAUAUAAAUGUCUUGGAAAAGAAGAUCCAUUACCUGGUUAUAUUCAAAAAACAAAUAAGUAUUUGUUAGAUCUACGAUUAGCUAAAUGGAUUACUCAAAAACAAUAUGAAUUAUUAAGUACUAAACCAAAUGAAGUUGAAUUAGCUCAUUUAUAUUAUCUACCAAAAGCCCACAAACCUGGUACUCCUCUACGCCCAAUUAUAAGUGGUCUCAAACAUCCUACAAUUAAAAUUUCAAAAUUUCUGGAUGAUUUAUUAAAACCAUUAUUUGACAAAAUGGCCCAAGAGACGACAGUUACUUUGGGCUUUGAACUGGUCAAAAAAUUGAAAAAGUGGUCAAUUCUAAAUAUGAAUGGAAAUACUAUAUUUUGUACUAUUGAUGUAGUAGAUUUAUAUACAAUGAUUCCACAAGUAGAAGGAGUACUAUCGUUAAAGAAAAUGUUAGAUUGUUUGAAAUUGAAGAAAGUGGACAAUUUAAAAAUAGAAACUAUUAUUCGAUUAAGUCGAUUUGUUAUGAAAAAUAAUUACUUUUCUUAUGAUGGUUAA